AUGCCCCCCAAGCAAGGUGACGACGAUGUCAGUCUGCCGAAAGCGACUGUUUUGAAGAUCAUUCAAGAGCUCCUGCCGGACGAGAUUUCCGCCUCUAAAGAAGCCAAGGACGUGAUCUUCGACUGCUGCACCGAAUGGAUCAAACUCAUCUCGACACAAUCCAACAUGGUCUGCGAAGCCUCCUCCAAGAAGACCAUCUCUCCUGAACAUGUCGUCGAAGCCCUCAAGCAAUUGGGAUUUGAAGACUUUGUGGAACAGGUCGAGGUGUCGAAUGCCGAUUUCAAACAGGCUCAGAAGGAGCGCGUCCGCUCUCAACCCGACACCAAGGGUAUGACUGAGGACGAGCUGUUAGAGCUGCAGGAGCGCCUGUUCGCUUCUAGUCACGCUCGUUUCGGCGGCAACGGUAAUGCGCAAUAA